AUGGCACUCCUUCAAGAGGAGCUUCUGAAGCAUCCAAAGGUGCAAGCGUCGCUGCGAGUAGCUGGUGAAAAGGCACUCAAUGACCCGGGAGUGCAGAGCGCCCUGCUGACGGCAGCAAAGGAGAGCGGGGACGAGGUUCUGGCGAUAGUCCGCAACCAGGUGACAUCCUGGGCGCAAGAUCCUCAGGCACAAGCCAGGGCGAAGGAGAUUGCCCGGCAAGCUGCCGCGGGGGCCGGGCAGGCGUUGGGCCAAGCCGGGCAGAUGUUGGCGGAUCAGAUUGCGCAGGGCCCCGCCGGACUCCGCUUCCUGGCCUUUGCGGCUGCUGGCACGUCCUUGGCUGUGUGUGUCCUGGAGUUUCUGAGUGUUGAAAGUGUCUUCACGGGGCCGGCAAGAUGGGUUAUCUCUGGCUUUCAGGGCAUCUUCGCUGUGACGACAAUGCUGUUUGAGAUGCCUGCAGACUGGGUUGCCAUGGUCCCAGGGGUCACUCACUACCAGGACCUGAUCAUCGACGAGGCGAAGUUCAUGACUCGCGCCGGAGGCAGGGGCCUGUUCUACAUCUUCCAGGGGGCGAUUUGGGCCUGCUUCGCUUCCCUGGUGAAAUUAGUCCAUCUGGUGGCAGCUGUGGCGAUGCUGCUCGUGGGCACACUCCAUGUGCUGAUGCAGCUUCUUGGCGCUCAAACUUGGGUGGGAGACACUGAAGUUGAGACCAUCUUUUCCAAUUUGGCGGUGUUUUCAGUCUCAUGA